ACAGCAGCACCCGGAAGUGCGAUACACCGAGUCCACGCGCUGUUGUGUUUGAAAAUCAUGCGCUUUCUGCAGACAGGACGGCGAUGUUCCCGACGCCCCUGUUCGCUCCCGGCUCCUCGUUCCCAGACGUGUACGAGCCGGCCGAGGACUCCUUCCUCCUGAUGGACGCGCUGGAGAGCGACGCCGAUCGGCUGAAGGGAAGCCGAGCGUGUGUGUGUGUGGAGGUGGGCAGCGGAUCCGGCGUCGUAUCGGCCUUCCUGGCGUCUGUGAUCGGCUCUGAUGCGCUGUAUCUUUGCACUGAUGUGAACCCGGCGGCUGCUCUCUACACACUCCAGACGUCUCGCCUCAACAAGCUCCGGCUGCAGCCCGUCGUCACCGACCUGGUCGAGUGUCUCUUGCCGAGGCUGCUGGGAAAAGUGGACGUGCUUGUUUUCAAUCCGCCGUAUGUCGUCACACCGUCAGAAGAGGUGGGCGGUCGUGGGAUCGAGGCGUCGUGGGCCGGUGGGAGACGCGGCAGGGAAGUGAUGGACCGAUUCUUUCCCAUGAUCCCACAGUUGCUGUCAGACCAUGGGCUGUUCUACCUGGUGACCGUGGCAGAUAAUGAUCCAGAGGAGAUUGUGUCUCUGCUGGGUAAAGCUGGGCUGAACGGACACGUGUGUUUGACCCGUCAGGCCGGGCGAGAGAGGCUUUCUAUUCUACGCUUCAGUAAAGCUGACGCUGGGUCCUGAAGAGCGGAUGAAGA